UUUCUCGAAUCAUCGACCAAUAUCUUCGUAGGCUUUUUUCUUAAACACGUGCCAUCCCACCUAUAUUAAACAAUGAACGUUAAAUAACAAAGUGAUUGAGUGAUUGGCCUUUUUUUAACGCGUACUUCGCUAAUAAACAGUAAAAUAAUCAGUAAAAAAUUUAAACGAGAACAAAAAUGAAAACGAUUACUCUUUCACAAAAUACUGCAAAGUGUCAUUAUAAAGAAGAAAAAUGAAUUCUUCUUUGGCGCUACAUUUACGACGUUUGUCAGCGAGAAUAUCUUCGAAAGGUAAUUCCUCUACCAUUUCGCUUUCUUUUUCUUCCAUCUCUUCCACUUCUCCUUCGUUCUCGCUAUACGAUUCCAGAGAAGUAACCCUCUUCCGACAUUUCUCCGAUAUCACUUCUUUUAGCGUACUAUUCAUCUCUUUUUUAUAUGUUUCCGAGUAAACUCGCAAUAACCUAUACUUUGGCUAAAGUUAUUUAACAGUAACGUUCAAUUCUGCGAUAGAAUUUUAACCAUUUACGUCCAUCGUAUUUACGUAUAUCGUAAAAUCAAAGAAACGCGAAGAUAUCUGAGAUUCGGCAGACGUUAUUUUACGCAACAAGACGAUGUUUUACGCGAUGUUCUCGAAAUGUUUUUGAAAUGUUUUUGAAAAUAAUUGACACUAGAUCCCGACCAACUUUCGAUCAAUCACGUUAUCCCGUAGGAUGAAAUAUCAAGAAAAAUAACAAAUAUUCAAGUUGCCUAACUGAAAAGAAGAAUAAAUGUUGACGAAAGGGAAACUGAACGUAAGAUUAUAUUCGUAUAAAAAGCGUUAUCAAAUUAUUGACAAUUACUGAUUAUCGACUGAUCGUGCUACAAAGUCUGUGCUGGCGCAAAACUUUGUGCACAAAGUUGUAAUUUUAUUCGACAAAAAUAGACAUUAUCUCAGUUCUUUUCUUUACAUUUCGUUACAUUUAUUUCCGCAUUAUUACAUUAAGUUCCUUCCAUUACCUAUAUACGUAUAAUGGCCUGUUACAAUGGCGUAUAAAUUCGAAUCAAUACUAUAUCGUUGUACGUAUUUAUUUUUGUAUACAAAGUGUUAUAAAUAUAUAGACAAUAUACCGAUUGAAUCGUAGGUCGUCUUUCCAACCUGUGAAGAUGAAUUCAACGAUUUCGAACCGAUUGUUUUUCAUACUCCUGCUAUUUACAACGCCAAAGUAAAGGUUCAUGAUUGGCAAAUGCAUACGUUGGCGGAACCCCGAGAUAACAAAGACAUAUUUCCACCGAAAGGGAAUCUUCAUAAAUCAUCGUACGAAAGACUAGGACCAGAACCUGCUUGUACAGGAAUUACGGAAACACACGCGAUGUUGUCUCAAAUAGAAUUAAAAGACUCGUAUAAAGCAAUUUAUCCGCAACGUACUCUACUUCAUAUCAAGUCGCUUGCAUCGUUAGAGCCCGAAGAAAAACAGGAGAAACAGGAGACAUUGACGGAUAUCGUGUACGAUGCCGAUGAAGCCCGUAACAUGGAUUAUCGAACAACAACGGAAAUUCAUUACAGAUCACCUCAUCCCAUGAAACGAAGAACGUUAACGCCGCCACCGCCACCACCACCGGAACCAUGGCUCUUAAAUCGACGGACUAUCGGAUAUAGUCUGGAAGAAUUGGAAAAGCGAAACGGGACGUACACGUUUUUAGAUGACAAUAUGGAGCUUCAUAAACGAAUAGCCGACUUAAAGUCAAGAAGAUACAAACUGCGUACGUUACAAGACAGUCAGCCUUCCGAACAGCGAUCAAUCAAUGUGUCUAAUAUAAAAUGAAGACUGUAGGGAUUGAAAAUUGGAAUGUACAAAAAUAACCGAGAAUAUAUUUUAUCGAAUUCAUCGAAAGAAAUGAAUUAUUAUUGUCGUUAGAGAGUAUGCUGAUAAAGUUACGUCACUGUUAUUAUUGUGACUUGCUUGUUAAAAGGUUUUCUACGCAAUAUGAAACAUGAAUAUCCACGCGUGUUAAGACGAGGAGAAUAGAAAUGACACAAUAUGGAAAUCUACUCGUAAC